GCCGAGCCCGGGACUCAGCCGCUGUCCCGCUGCCCUCGGAGAGAGCUGAGCUGCGCUGCGCUGCUUCUUGUGCGCCCAGCCGCCUCCGCCAGGAACAACUGAACUGCACUUCAUAUGACUUCUGUACUGAGGAAGACAUAUGGCAGAAGUUCUGGUGAUUGAUGUCUAACGUCAGAGUCGAUCCUUCAUCCCUUCUGAGGCAGCUAAAGCCAGUGGGAAACUCUUUUCUCUAUAUUUGGAUAUUUGAUUGACUGUGUGAGGCAAAGAAAGGAACAUAACUGUGGAGAGAGGUGUUUUUUUUCCCCCCUCCCCCCUGGCACAAGCAGGCAUUCUGUCUAGAAAACCAUGCCAGAGAACUGCUUAGUGUCUUGAAGUACGAGUCAAAAUCUUAAUGCAAUUUCCCUCCAAGCCAUGCUGUUGUGAAAUGUUUCUUUCAAGCUCUAAUACUGUUUGGCACGCUGAGCCCCUCUGCUCAGGGGGCUGCUGAUGGCACUCUCACAAUUGGCUCUCAAAUAGUUUCUGGUCUGUUGAUGCUCCAGCUGGCUGGAGAUCAUUACAGAGGAGAUGCUGGACCUAAGCUUUCUGACAGAAGAGGAGUAUGAGAAGCUUAUGAAGGUUCUGCAGAGAGAUGCAGAGUUGAAGAAAAAAGACAGUGACCGUAUCAGACGGUUACAAGGCUCUCUCAAGGAUGAAAAGAAGAAAAAGUUUGUGACUGGUGAAUGGUUUAAUGAAGUGAAGGCAAAACGUUUUCAAGAGGAGCUAGAGGGGCCAGAUCUGCUUCGAGCAUCCAUUAGAAAGAAAAAGGAGAAACUGGAAAAUGAGCCUAACGAACACAUCCGGCAGAGCCUGGAAGGCAGAGCAGCUUCACUGCCACCAGACGCAACCAGUCCUCUCUUCCCUGAGCUCACUCCAGACUUGGGAGCCAAGAGAUCCAGUACAACUGCCUUGGAUUCUUCAGAGGAGCAUAAUACCUGGCCAAAGCCAAAACCAAGACACAUCAUACUGCCACCCUCAUCAAAUGAGAGAUCCAGUGUAAAUGAUGUCUCGCCAGGAGAGAGCAACACUGGAGUACAUACAACAGACAACUGGCCGUCUGAAAAAGGUCAUGAAGUACCUCUGUCGCCUGCCAAGCUCGCAGAAGAGGAUAUGGUUCAGUCCAGUUAUUCUUCUGGGGUGGAGGUUCCUGAUGUGCUCAGUGGCACCCCAGCAAUGCACAAUGUUCCCCCCAAAGACACUAAUAUUGUCAGCAAGAUACCAGUCAAGAGGAAAGCAAGCAAAGGCCUGUUCGGGUCAGAGACUCUUGUGAAUCACACAGAGCAGAUUGAGGACAGUGAUGCAAAGAGAGAGUCACUUAAAAGCUCAAAAUUACUGUCUGGAGAGGAAGACAACAAUCUGGUUCUGAAGCAAGGAGCCAACUAUACCAUCUCUUCCAUGAGCAAUAAAGAUGAGGAAAUCGGCCUAGAUCGUGAACAGUUCAAGAACCUGAGGAACUUUUGGGAGAAAGGUGCAGAAAGUGCAGGUAAUGUUUCAGAGGAGCCCUUUGAAAAGCCCAGUGUGAUAGGGUCAAAUGGGAGACCAUUCACAUUGAGUCGCUCUCUUUCUGUACAAUCUAAUCAAAGCCAAAAUGGUGAAGAAAAGUCCAAUGUCUCCAUGAAAACCAGAAUUCCCUAUAAAAGAACAGUGACCUUGUCAUCUAGUGAAGAUGAACCAUGCUACGUAGCCCAUUCAAGAAAGGGAUUAGCCUCCUCUAUGGCCAGGUCUACAUAUGGCAAGAGCAAAGGGGCCGUGGUUACUAGAAAUAAUUCAUUGACUGAAAGUAAUGGGAAGCAGGAGGAGGAGAGAAAGACACAACGCUGCUUGAGGAGAUCCAAACUGCCUGUGCGAGUGCCUUCAAUCAAAAUAGAAUCGCCCACAAAAGAGGGGCCCAGCAGCACAUUUGAACCAGAAACACCUGCAGAUGAGUAUGUCAUGCCUGAAGAAAGCAGGCGCAAGGUGGACUCAUUGGCGAGUAGGAUUCAGAUAUUGAUAGAACCUGUACAUUCAGACAGUGAUAGUGAUAGGGAUAAAAGGUCUGAUUUGGGCAUUCAAGAAAACAUGGAGACUAAUGGAGAGCUCCCUGAGGCUAAGACACAUGAGCCUGCAGACAACCUAAGGUCCAAGGAACCAGCCAUGGAGAGAGAAGCGAUUCAAGGAACUGACUCAGCUAUAUUCUCAGAAGACGACGAGGAUCAAUCCCCUGUUGCCAUGGCUCUGGCACGAGCGAAUAGCGUUAAUCUAGCCAAGAGCAUGGUGAACAUUUACACAACCAGUGAGACGUACAAUAAGCCGCAAAUGAUAACUCACCAACUUCUUGAGCCCGAACGAACCAAAGAGCUGAGCAGAUCCACCCCUGUCCUUCUAUCUGAGACGGAAUCGGACACUGCUUCAGAAAUCAGCUUCCAGUUUAACAAACACAAAAAGACUCCUAGCAUUGGCAGCCACUCCUCUGACAUGGCAUCAGUCUCUUCGGUAAGUGGUAGCGUUCUCAGCGUCUACAGUGGUGAUUUUGGGAGCGUGGAUGCACAAGGGACUGUUCAGUUUGCUCUGGAUUAUGAUGAGAAAAACCGAGAAUUCCAGAUUUAUGUUUCCCAAUGCAAGGACCUGGCUGUGGUGGAUGAGAAGAAAGGCAGAUCUGAUCCGUAUGUCAAAACUUACCUGCUCCCAGACAAAGCUAGAAUGGGCAAGAGAAAAACCUCAGUGAAGAAGAGAACAGUGAAUCCCAUUUACAACGAAGUGUUAAGAUAUAAAAUAGAGAAAAUGGUGUUGCUGAUCCAAAAAUUAAAUCUUUCCGUGUGGCACAAUGACCCACUGGGACGUAACAGCUUCUUGGGAGAGAUAGAAAUAGACCUAGCCAGCUGGGAUUGGAGCAACAAGAAACUCAACUGGUAUAUGCUGAAGCCACGGAGCCUUUCUGCUAUUAAUGGUGUGGAUCAUCGAGGCGUGAUGAAUCUGUCUAUUAAAUAUGUCCCACCAGGAAGCUUAGGUCCAAAGAAUCCUUCAUCUGGGGAAGUUCAUAUCUGGGUCAAAGACAGCAAGGACCUCCCACAGUUGCGCCCGUCUGGAGUUGACUCCUUUGUGAAAUGCUACGUGCUUCCAGACACCAGUAAGAAGAGUUACCAGAAGACCAGAGUUAUUAAAAGAGACCCAAACCCUGUUUUUAAUCACACUAUUGUGUAUGAUGGGUUCCACACAGAAGAUCUGAAAGAUGCCUGUGUUGAGCUGACUGUGUGGGAUCAUGAAAAACUAACGAACCACUUCCUCGGAGGAAUCAGGCUGGGCCUUGGGACAGGCACUAGCUAUGGCAUCUCCGUGGACUGGAUGGACUCCACGCAGGAGGAAGUGGCCUUUUGGCAGGAAAUGAUGUCAGCCUCCAGUGAAUGGAUUGAAGGAUCACUGCCGCUGCGCUCACUGGCAGGGAGGAGGAAACUGAAAUGAAACUUCUGUCGUACAAUUAAAACUAUGAGCAUAUUCAUUAGAAUUUGGAAGCUCCCUGUGACCAGGAAAUGGAGCCUCUCCCCUACCUGCAGAGGUGUCAGGUUAAUUAGAUAAUGAUUGCAUUGUGCUUUAAAGAUGGUAGGUGCUAAGUGAUUUUAAUCCCCCCAUAGAGGAUUUAGAAGAUGCUAAGAUCAAGCAUAGCAUCAGUUUAGCAAGAGGCCAAUGGUUACUUUUGUUAAUCAUUUAUAUGCUCUAUCUUAGAUUUCAUUAGACUCUCAGUACAUUAGCAGGGAAGAAGUGUAAAUUUUUUUUUAUACAGGGUUUAUUUUGUUACUGGAUUUUGUGCUGUUUUUCUGUGCAGUGAGACAGUUGUAAAAAAGCUGCAGCUUGGCAUUAUCCAUGUUCCCUUUCAAGUGGUACGCUUCAUACCGGAUGCAGGAUUGCAAGCAUCAUCUCAAAAUGGAACUUUUCCAUCUGUCACUGAUAAUGUGGCUAUGACUCAGAGGAAAAAUCCAGUUUAGAUUGCUUUGAGAUCCAAGGUGAACCUGCAGAAAGAGGACUGUUUGGAGCAGACAAUGUAGCAACAUGACUAAGAUAUCAGAGAAGAAUUCAAUAAAUUUAAUUCCAUACUGUUUUUUUAUUUGGAAACAAGGAAUGAUGGUCUUUCAGCUAAUGUACCAGCCCAGGACUCAGUAGAUACAGGUUCUAUUCCCAACCCUGCCACAAACUUCCUCUGUGAUCUUGCGCAAGUCACUUACUUAAAGGAAAACUGCAGUGGAAUAUAAAUUAGUUUGCACUCUGCCAAAUACAAAAUAUGAUUAAAUCACUGCUGGGCCAAAUCAGUUCUUUCAAAUACCUUGUGUACAUAAAACAUGUAUGAAAUUAAGAUGUGUAGCAAACAAGCAGUCUUUCUGUCAGACAUAUAAGGUGUAUCAAGAAAGAUCAAAACUGCAGCCAAGGAGAGGAGGGAGAUUUUUGGACCUGAUGGGAAAAGUAAGUAUUCCAUGACUGUACAUACUGAACCAAAGUAACAAGUUACAUAGUAAAAAGAUCUGGUGAAAUAUUCCACUGCUCCCUGUACCUCUGGCUAUUUCUUUGAUCUUCCUUCCUUUCUCUUGACUGAUGACAACAAGUUGCAGUCUGUGUUGGUGUUAUCAUUAAAUAGCAGCUUUUAGGAAUUUUGCAUCUAUCCAGUCAUUUCAAUAGAGAUUUUGCAACAAUUUUAAAUGCAGCUUUGUAAUUUCCUCUUUAAAUGUACAUAUUCUGAUUAAAUAGAAUGAUUUCCCUCAGGUACCAAAUGAUCUCCUUAUACCUGUCGUUAGUAUGGCCUGAGUAAUGAUAUAUACAAAAUAAAAUAGAGGCAAUGCCACACUAAACAGAAUCAUACUUGCCUCGUCCAGAGUGGUUACUCUUGGAGAAAUUUCUGCUCUAGAUAUCUGGCCUUUAAUAGCAAUUUGCAAGGCUGAGUCGAGCUGGUUUGAGAAAUGUGGAGGGAAAUCAUGAAAACAGUUGAAGUUUGUUUACCUUUUGAAGGGUUCGAAACUGAUUCCUUUUUUUGGUUUUGUGGAUUUCUUAAUUUCCCAUUUUUUUAAUUAUUUGUUUACCAAAGCACCUGUCUUAGAUUACCACAGACUUUCAAUUUACCAAAAAAUAGGUCAUAAGUGAUAGAGAACAUUUUUAUUAAUAUCAAGACACUUUUUUUUCACAAACCCUGAAAAGUUAAGUUGAUGUAGGUAGCCUUUUCAUUAAAUUCAUUUUAGUAAAACAAAAGUUCAAAAGUUAAUGUUAGAAAAAUGUUGGCCAACUGUAGGGUUGAAGCACUAAGAAAUAGCCCAUAGGAAAACAAGAUCAAAUGAAGAGAAAGAGAUACUAAAGAUUGUCUGAGUUGCAAUCUGGUUCACUUCACUCACACAAAUUAUCCCAUUGACUGUCUCUGAAGUGUAAACAAAAGGAGCUAGAUUGGCCCCAUGGUUGGGAUUGGCUCAAUUUAAAAUCUUAACUUUACUACCCUGAGUAGCCUUGUUGGCUUCAAUGAAGUUACUCAGAGUGGAUUCAAAUACUUUUACAUUGAGUAAUGCUUUACUCCAUGGAUAGUGCUAUCAAAAUUGAGAAGAUUACUCCUUGGCUAACGUGCUACUAAACCCGAGUAUGAAAAUCUGGCCUAUAACAUACUGAUUUUCUGCUUACAUAGGAGCAGAUUCUGAUACUCUUACUGUUUGAAUAGUACCACUGACUUCUGUGGGACUAUCUGUGGAGUGAAGUGCUAUUUAUUGUGAAUAAUGGGUAUCAGCAUUUUGGGCCAUAAUGUAAAUACAUACUUUAUUUUUCCUUUCAGUAAUUUACAGUAUUUGUACAUUUGUGAUGAAUGUGCCAAAACCGCUGUUAACACACACAUGAACUUUUCAAAUUACUCUUUAAAUAUUUAUUUCAUAUUAGCAUUAGCUCUACACCUAAGAUUCAGUUCUUUCCUAAUAUGGUGCCAACAAAGUGAAAUAAUCAUUGUUAUAGGACCAAGUUCAUCUCUGGUGUCGAAGUUUGGAUGAGUUUGGCCCAAGAUAUUGUGAUCUAUAUAUUUUUGUUUUGUUUUAAGGUUGCAUUGGUUUUUGGGGGGGUGUUUUUGUUUUUUUGUUUUUGUAAAUUAAGCUCGGAUUGAUUUCAGAAGCUUUUGUAUUUAUUAGCACAUCAGCUUAAAAGAUUACACAGCCAAGUAUAAUACAGUAGUAGCAUAGUCAUGUGUAAUGUAGGAGGCCAUAUCUGCUUCACUUAAUAAAACGAAAGCACUUUAUCAGCAAAAAUGCAAGGCACUUUGUCACAUGUUAGUGUCCUACAUAGGAGUGGAGGAACCUGUAGCAAAUAAAAGGUUAAUAGCCAUUGGUAUGUGUCUUACAUUGACAUUUGUAAUCUGUGAAUUCAACCUGUAAGUGGUAAAGUAUCUAAAUGUUAUAGGCUGCUAACAUGUUAACAUGUGCUGCAGAUUAAUUUGGAAAUAACAGACCAAAAGGCUUCGGACUGUAUUUAUUAUUUUUUUGUAUGAUGGACUAAACAAACUCCCUUCAAGAGACUGGGCUUUUCUUAUACAUAGUAAAUAUAUUUAGGUCCAUAAUUCCCCUGGAUAUAAACAUGCAACUUCGUUGAAGUCACGUGUGUCUUUGCAUGCAGCUGAAACUGAAGUUAUGGUCCUUAGGGCUAGAUCCUGCAACCCCCAGUUACUGGUGGGGCACAAGUAAUCCUAUAGUCCAGAGUAGGCCUAUGUGUGUGGGUUACAGGAUCUGGCCCUUUUUUAAAUGAAAGUUAAUAUCUUGACUAGAGCUGGGCAAAUUCUGCAGGAAAAUCUCCCCAUGACCAUUCUGCAUUCCUGAAAGAAUGUGCUUUACUUGUGCUCAUGCCUCUUUCAUAUCUGCUUUUUGCAGAUAUCUUGUGAGUGAAUUUACAGGCAGAAGUGUUUUGCUCAAGUAGCAAAUUUUAAAUUCACCAAUCGCAAGAUGUGCAGAGGAAGCCAGAUUAUAAGAAGUUUUGCUCCUCCAGUCAGGAAACAAGUACACCAUGUGACCUGUGUCUAAUCAGACCUGCUCAGAUUGUUAAUCAACUACUUGGAACAUACAGCUCAUGAACAAUCUUUGGACAGAUUACCAGCAAUAAUUCGGUGAAUAAUCUUGAAGAGUAUUCAAGGAAUCACUUUCUGUACUUGGAUAGGAAAACAUUUGUUGAGUAAAGUAUUUGCCCAGCUCUAAUCUUGACCAAGACAGAGAAAAGCAAAACUGAUUUUACUGUGAAGCUUAUAAACUGAAGAGAGAAAUAUUUACUAGACUCCCAACAACAUAAAUCUAUGUAAUAAGAUGUAUUUCAAAGAAGAAAUACUGUAUUUUGUGGGCUGGUUAAAUAAACCAAAAGGAAUUUGUAAAACUGACCUCUGUGUGUGAAACAAAAUCAAUAAACCACACUUCAGUGCCUGA